UUUGGUUGAGAAAAAACACACCCAUCCCGGAGAGCAGUCUCGCAUCUUCUUCGUCGAUCCGCCCGGACAACCACUUCGAAAGCUCUUUCGAACAAACCGAGAAAAUGGACACCGCAGGGGCCAAAGUGCUGGAGACAGCCGAGGACAUCCAGGAGCGCCGGCAGCAGGUGCUGGACCGCUACCGCCGCUUCAAAGAGCUGUCCAUCAUGCGGCGCACCAAGCUGGAGGACUCUUACCGCUUCCAGUUCUUCCGGCGCGACGCCGAUGAGCUGGAGAAGUGGAUCCAAGAGAAGCUGCAGAUUGCCUCUGAUGAGAACUACAAGGACCCCUCCAACCUGCAGGGUAAGCUGCAGAAACAUCAGGCCUUUGAGGCUGAAGUCCAGGCCAACGCGGGGGCCAUCAUCAAACUGGACGACACUGGGAACCUGAUGAUCACAGAGGGCCACUUCUCCUCUGAGACCAUCCGAACUCGUCUGGAGGAGCUGCAUCGCCUCUGGGACCUCCUGCUGAUGAGGACCAAGGAGAAGGGCACGCGCCUCCUGCAGGCCCAGAAGCUGGUCCAGUACCUGCGUGAGUGUGAGGAUGCCCUGGACUGGAUCAGUGACAAGGAGACCAUGGCCACCUCGGAGGAGCUGGGCCAGGACCUGGAGCAUGUGGAACUCUUGCAGAAGAAGUUUGAGGAGUUUCAGACCGACCUGGCUGCGCACGAGGAGCGUGUUAACGAGGUGAACCAACUGGCAGCCAAGCUGAUACAGGAGGCCCACCCUGAGGCGGAGCUCAUUGUCCGCAAGCAGGACGAGGUGAACGCCGCCUGGCAGCGCCUGAAGGGCCUGGCCCAGCAGAGGCAGGGCCGGCUGUUCGGGGCGGCUGAGGUGCAGCGCUUCAACAGGGAUGUGGAUGAGACCAUCAGCUGGAUCAAGGAGAAGGAGCAGCUGAUGGCCUCUGAUGACUUUGGUCGUGACCUGGCCAGUGUGCAGGCUCUGCUUCGCAAACACGAGGGUCUGGAGAGAGACCUGGCUGCUCUGGAGGAUAAGGUCAACACUCUGGGUGGAGAUGCAGAGCGCCUGCAGCAGACACAUCCCCACAACGCCUCCCAGAUCCACUUGAAGAAGGACGAACUCAUCACCAACUGGGAACAGAUCCGCACUCUGGCCGCGGAGCGCCACACCCGCCUCAACGACUCCUACCGGCUGCAGCGCUUCACUGCUGACUUCAGGGAUCUGACCAGCUGGGUGACGGAGAUGAAAGCUCUGAUCAAUGCUGACGAACUGGCCAAUGACGUGGCUGGAGCUGAGGCUCUGCUCGACCGCCACCAGGAGCAUAAGGGAGAGAUCGAUGCCCAUGAAGACAGUUUCAGAUCCACGGAUGAAGCUGGCCAAGCAUUACUCGAUACAGGACACUAUGCCUCUGAGGAGGUCAAGGAAAAGCUGGGCAUCCUUUCCUCGGAGAAGGAGUCCCUGCUGGAGCUGUGGGAGGUCCGCAGGCAGCAGUAUGAGCAGUGCAUGGACCUGCAGCUCUUCUACAGGGACACUGAGCAAGUUGACAACUGGAUGAGCAAACAAGAGGCUUUCCUCCUCAAUGAAGACCUGGGGGACUCCCUGGACAGUGUAGAGGCCCUGCUGAAGAAACAUGAGGACUUUGAGAAGUCACUCAGUGCCCAGGAAGAAAAGAUCACCGCCCUGGAUGAGUUUGCUACCAAACUGAUCCAGAACAACCACUAUGCCAAAGAGGACGUUGCUACUCGCAGAGAUGCUCUGCUCAGCCGCCGCAACGCCUUGCAUGAACGCGCUCAGUCUCGCCGUGCUGCUCUGGAGGACUCCUUCCACCUGCAGCAGUUCUUCAGGGACUCUGAUGAGCUCAAGAGCUGGAUCAACGAGAAGAUGAAGACCGCCACAGAUGAGGCUUACAAGGACCCCUCCAACCUUCAGGGCAAGGUGCAGAAACACCAGGCUUUUGAAGCUGAGCUUUCAGCCAAUCAGAGCCGCAUCGAUGCCCUGCAGAAGUCUGGCCAGGAGCUGCUUGACGGAAAGCAUUACGCCUCCACUGAGGUGGCCGACCGCAUGGAGGAGGUCGGCUCCCAGUGGAAGAAACUUCUGGAGGCCACCGAGCUCAAAGGUAUCAAGCUCCGUGAGGCCAACCAGCAGCAGCAGUUCAACAGAAACGUGGAGGACAUCGAGCUGUGGCUGUAUGAGGUUGAGGGACACCUAGCUUCAGACGAUUACGGGAAAGACCUGACCAGUGUCCAGAACCUGCAGAAGAAGCAUGCACUGCUGGAGGCCGACGUGGCAGCCCACCAGGAUCGCAUUGAUGGCAUAACUAUCCAGGCUCGCCAGUUCCAAGAAGCUGGACACUUUGAUGCAGACAACAUCCGCAAGAAACAGGAGGCUUUAGUGUCGCGGUAUGAAGGUCUGCGCGAGCCCAUGGCUGCACGCAAGCAGAAGCUGUCCGACUCUCUGCGGCUGCAGCAGCUGUUCAGAGAUGUGGAGGAUGAGGAGACUUGGAUCCGUGAGAAAGAGCCCAUUGCUGCCUCUACUAACAGAGGCAAAGACCUGAUUGGUGUCCAGAACCUGCUGAAGAAGCACCAGGCCCUGCAGGCAGAGAUCAGCGGCCAUGAGCCUCGCAUUAAGGCUGUCUCCCAGAAAGGAGAGGCCAUGGUGGAGGAAGGACACUUUGCCGGGGAGGAGGUGAAGGUGAAGCUGGGUGAGCUGCAUGGACGCUGGGACACGCUGAAGGCCAAGGCUUCCCAGAGGAGACAGGACCUGGAGGACUCUCUGCAGGCCCAGCAGUACUUUGCUGAUGCCAACGAGGCUGAGUCCUGGAUGAGGGAGAAGGAGCCCAUCGUGGGGAGCCCAGACUACGGCAAAGACGAGGACUCUGCUGAGGCGCUGCUGAAGAAGCACGAGGCCCUGAUGUCGGACCUGAGUGCUUACGGCAGCAGCAUUCAUGCUCUGAAGGAGCAGGCCCAGUCCUGCAGGCAACAAGUGGCCCCAACUGAUGAUGAGACCGGGAAGGAGCUGGUGCUGGCCCUGUACGACUACCAGGAGAAGAGCCCCCGUGAAGUCACCAUGAAGAAGGGGGACAUCCUCACCCUGCUCAACAGCACCAACAAGGAUUGGUGGAAGGUGGAGGUGAACGAUCGCCAGGGCUUUGUUCCUGCUGCCUAUGUGAAGAAGCUGGACCCCACCCAGUCCUCUUCAAGGGAAAACCUGCUGGAUGAACACGGCAGCAUCGCACUGCGCCAAGACCAGACAGACAAUCAGUAUGGUACUCUGUUGGAGCUGGGAGAGAAACGCAAGGACAUGCUGGAGAAGAGCUGCAAGAAGUUCAUGUUGUUCCGCGAGGCCAACGAGCUGCAGCAGUGGAUCAACGAGAAGGAGAGCGCCCUCACUAACGAGGAGAUGGGCUCUGACCUGGAGCAGGUGGAGGUCCUGCAGAAGAAGUUUGACGACUUCCAGAAGGACCUGAAGGCCAACGAGUCUCGGCUGAGGGACAUCAACAAAGUGGCAUCUGAGCUGGAGUCUGAGGGCCUCAUGGCGGAGGAGGCCCCUAUGGUCCAGGCUCAGCAGCAGCAAGAGAUGCUCGGUUCUGCUCCCGGCAAGGAUGAAGCUGAUUCCAAGACUGCAUCUCCAUGGAAGAAUAUACGCGUGGCUGUUCAAACAACGGCUAACUUUAAUACUAUCAAGGAGCUGAACAAUCGCUGGCGGUCCCUGCAGCAGCUGGCUGAAGAAAGGAGCAACAUGCUGGGCAGUGCCCACGAGGUGCAGCGCUUCCACAGGGAUGCUGAUGAAACUAAAGAGUGGAUCGAGGAGAAGAACCAGGCCCUCAACACAGACAACUACGGCCAUGACCUGGCCAGUGUGCAAGCUCUGCAGCGCAAACACGAAGGCUUUGAGAGGGACCUGGCAGCUCUGGGAGAUAAGGUGAACUCUCUCGGGGAGACAGCUGAGCGUCUGAUCCAGUCCCACCCUGAGGCCGUGGACGACAUCCAGGAGAAAUGCACGGAGCUGAACACCGCAUGGAGCAGCCUGGUGGGGAGAGCUGACCAGCGCAAAGACAAGCUGGGCAACUCCCACGACCUGCAGCGCUUCCUGUCCGACUUCAGAGAUCUGAUGUCCUGGAUUAAUGGCAUUCGGGGGCUGGUGUCCUCGGAGGAGCUGGCCAAAGAUGUAACCGGAGCUGGCCUUCUGGAGAGACACCAGGAACACCGCACAGAGAUCGAUGCUCGUGCUGGAACCUUCCAAGCCUUUGAACAGUUUGGUCAGCAGUUGCUGGUGCGCGGCCACUAUGCCAGUCCUGAGAUCCAGCAGAAACUAGAAGCUCUGGACCAUGAGCGUGCUGACCUGGAGAAGGCCUGGGUGCAGCGCCGCAUGAUGUUGGACCAGUGCCUGGAACUGCAGCUCUUCAACAGGGACUGUGAGCAGGCUGAGAACUGGAUGGCCGCUCGGGAAGCUUUCCUUGCUAGUGAUGACAAGGGUGACUCCCUGGACAGUGUGGAAGCCCUCAUCAAGAAACAUGAAGACUUUGACAAGGCCAUCAACGUGCAGGAGGAGAAAAUCGCUGCUCUGCAGUCCUUUGCUGACCAGCUGGUCGGAGCCGACCAUUACGCCAAACCUGAGAUCUUUAACCGCCGAAAUGAGGUCCUGGACAGGUGGCGCCGGCUGAAGGCUCAGAUGAUCGAAAAGCGUUCCAAGCUGGGUGAGUCGCAGACCCUGCAGCAGUUCAGCCGGGACGUGGAUGAGAUCGAGGCUUGGAUCAGCGAGAAGCUGCAAACUGCAACAGACGAAUCCUACAAAGACCCCACCAACAUCCAGCUGUCCAAGCUGCUGAGUAAGCAUCAGAAACAUCAGGCGUUCGAGGCCGAGCUGCACGCCAACGCAGACCGGAUCCGCGGGGUCAUCGACACGGGAAACACCCUGAUCCAGAGAGGAGCCUGCGCCGGCAGCGAGGACGCAGUCAAGGCGCGCCUCAGUGCUCUGGAUGAGCAGUGGCAGUUCCUCGUCAACAAGUCAGCGGAAAAGAGCCAGAAACUGAAGGAGGCCAACAAGCCAGAACUUCAACACCGCAUCAAGGACUUCGACUUCUGGCUCUCUGAGGUGGAAGCUCUUCUGGCCUCUGAAGACUAUGGCAAAGAUCUGGCCUCAGUCAACAACCUGCUGAAGAAACACCAGCUGCUGGAGGCUGAUAUCUCUGCGCAUGAGGAUCGUCUGAAGGAUCUGAACGGCCCGGACAGCCUGAUGGGCAGCCAGGCCUUCGACACCUCCCAGGUGAAGGACAAGCGCAAUGCCGUCAACGGCCGCUUUGCCAGAUCAAGAGCAGCUGCAGGGCGCCGGCCAAACUCAACGAGUCCCCACCGCCUGCACCAGUUCUUCAGGGACCUGGAUGAUGAAGAGUCUUGGAUCAAAGAGAAGAAGCUGCUUGUGAGUUCAGAGGACUACGGACGUGAUUUGACAGGAGUACAGAAUCUGAGGAAGAACAAGAGGCUGGAGGCGGAGCUGGGAGCCCACGAGCCGGCCAUCCAGUCGGUGCUGGACACUGGGAAGAAGCUGUCUGAUGACAACACCAGCCAGGAGGAGAUCCAGCAGAGGCUGGCCCAGUUUGUGGACCACUGGAAGGAACUCAAAGACUUAUCUGGAGCAAGGUAA